GGAGCCUAUCUUGCGCAGAUUGGGUACUGUACAUGGCCAUUGAUGCUGCUGGAUAGAUGUAGCCCCUGAUGUAAAUAAGAAUGGCGAGGGCAGCGGGUCUAACAUGCCGCGUUAUCUCUGCUUGACAUCGGAACAUUUUAUGCCACCGUCGGGAUUUUUUUUUUUUAUAAAACGCGGGGUCCUUUUCUCGUUUUCAUCUGAAUCUGCCUUGACAGCUCGCCUGAUGGUUUUCAUUUGACACAAGAGCCAAAGCAGACGGGCGGCUUCUUCUAAUAAACACUCGGGAAAAACAGGUCAUUAUGACCUUAGUAUCCUCCAGUAAAAGAAAACCAUCGGAUUGCUUUUACGCGGCAGCUUUCUGCUUGCAUUUUUUGCUUUGGAUUUCGUGUGCCGUGUCCGGAGAGGAGGAUCAUCAGUUCAGCGUAGAGGGAUGGCUACAGAGGUAUGGCUACCUUCCCCGCACAGAACCGGGAAUGUCUGUCCUGCGCUCGGCACAAACCAUGCACUCAGCCAUCGCUGCCAUGCAGCGCGUCUACGGUCUCAAUGUCACAGGGACACUGGAUGAGAAAACCAAGGAUGAUAUCACGCUGAGUUGGAUGCAAAAGCCUCGCUGUGGCGUUCCGGACAAAUUUAAAAGUGCUUCGAGGUCACGGACGCGGAGAUACGCGCUGACAGGACAGAAGUGGCAGCGUACACACAUCACCUACAGCAUAAAAAAUGUCACGCCAAAGGUGGGCGCCCGGGAGACUCAUGAUGCCAUUCGGCGGGCGUUUGACGUGUGGCAGGGUGUGACUCCCUUACGCUUUGAGGCCGUUCCAUACAGUGCCCUGGAGACUGGCAGGCGUGACGUUGACAUCACCAUCAUCUUCGCUUCGGGUUUUCAUGGUGACAGCUCACCCUUCGACGGGGAGGGGGGAUUCCUCGCCCACGCCUAUUUCCCUGGUCCAGGCAUAGGAGGGGAUACACACUUUGACUCAGAUGAGCCCUGGACCCUGGGGAACCCCAACCAUGAUGGUAACGACCUGUUCUUGGUUGCGGUUCACGAGCUGGGACAUGCCCUCGGUCUGGAGCACUCUAACGACCCCACUGCUAUCAUGGCUCCUUUCUACCAGUACAUGGACACAGAGAACUUCAAACUACCUCACGAUGACCUACAGGGCAUCCAGAAAAUCUAUGGUCCACCAGACAGAGCGCCGCAGCCUACCAGGCCCCCACCCACGGUCCCUCCGCCUCGCUUCCACCCUCCCUCGGACCCCCGCAAGCAUGACCGCCACGCCAGACCCCACCGCCCUCCACAGGGGGCCAAGCCCUCCAACCCCAACGCCAAACCCAACAUCUGUGAUGGAGGCUUCAACACGUUGGCCAUCCUCCGCCAAGAGCUUUUUGUGUUCAAGGACCAGUGGUUCUGGAGGGUACGGGAUAACUCAGUAGUCCCUGGUUACCCAAUGCAGAUCAACUACUUCUGGAAAGGCUUGCCGCCUAAAAUUGAUGCCGUCUAUGAAAACAGUGAAGGGAAAUUUGUCUUUUUCAAAGGAAACCGUUUCUGGGUCUUCAAGGACACGACUCUCCAGCCUUCGUACCCUCAGGACAUCUCGCUGUUCGGGAGCGGCAUGCCCACUCAGAGUAUCGAGACAGCUGUGUGGUGGGAGGAUGUCGCCAAAACCUACUUCUUCAAAGGAGACAGAUACUGGAGGUACAAUGAGGAUAUGAGGACCAUGGACCCGGGUUAUCCCAAACCCAUCACCAUCUGGAAAGGCAUCCCUGACUCUCCACAGGGGGCUUUUGUGGACAAGGCCAACGGCUUUACCUACUUUUACAAGGGAAAGGAGUAUUGGAAGUUCAACAACCAGCUUCUUCGUGUGGAGCCUGGCUACCCAAGGUCCAUCCUGAGGGACUUCAUGGGUUGUGAUGGCCUCCCUGCAGACCCCGACUGGGACUGGAGCCCCCCGGUGGCAGAGGAGCGCCACUACGACAACGGUGACGUGGAUGUUGUCAUCAAACUGGACAGCGCGGGUGGCACGGAGAAAGCAGUGGCCAUCGCUAUCCCCUGUGUCUUGGCGCUGUGCAUGAUGGUCCUCCUCUACACUGUUUUCCAGUUCAGGAGGAAGAGCACGCAGCGCCACAUACUGUACUGCAAGCGCUCCAUGCAGGAGUGGGUCUGAGGGAUUGUAUAGAGAGGGAUGUGAAGCUCUGAUAAAGGUCUAGUUAGUGCUUGAGGCCCUAAGUACAGUAAUUGGAAGCACUGUAAAGGGUACAGUACAUAAGGAUUGCCAUGUUGGCAGAUUUUAAAACUGCUUGAACUCACAACGUGCAAGCUGCAAGGAAGCCGAACUCAACUGAAGACAGUGAGGGAGCCACAUCUCCUAUGUCCAGCUAAUAUGUAUGUAUCUGCUUUGACUUUUUUCUGUAACUUGGAAUGAACUCAAUUAAGUGAGACAGAGUUAAGCUUCUGUAAGUGGGACCUUUGUCUAUCCUCGUCUCUGCACGUCGCUUAAAAAGCCCCUAGCACUAACUUCAGUGGACAAAUUAGAUAUAGGCUUCUACUUUACUUUCAUUUCUUAAUUAAAUCGCCCUGAGCUGUGCUUUCUUUUUUUCUUUUUUUUUUGUAUUUAGGGUCCCUGUAAAAGAUUAUUCAUUGCGUGGAGGACUGAUACACAAACCAAAUAUGACCUUUUCUUCCAAAGAGGAUUACUGCUCGAUGUUGUUUUUGAUGGGAUAUUUUUCCUUCACGGAUCGAACAUUGUGGCAUCACACUCAGAUUUUCUUUUGCCAUUUCUAUUCAUAUCCACCCGUCUGCUCUGUAAUCUGUGGGGAUAGGAAGCAGCCGUUAGUAAGAGCUAGGAACUCAAGACUGUUGUGGCGGUCCAUCUCCAAAACAGGGGCCAAAAACCUCUCUGCAAUAUUUAUGAGACUGCCUUAAUCACAGAUUGCUUAAACUUCCUUUUCUUUCUCUCUCUGUCUCUCUGGUAGAUGGGUAUGAAUACAGACAGUGUAUGAAGGCAUUGAUUAGUGCCCAUAAUGCAACUUCAAAGCCAGUAGUUAAGGACAGUUUGAUCCACAGAGGGUCCAUCGCUCUUGAAAAUGUGCUAAGCCGUGCUAAAUACCUGAUGGCAAGUAGGCUAUCAGCUUUCAUUUACUGCCUCACCGGAGGGUAUGAGAGAGACAGCGAAGGUUAGUUGUGCGUGUGUGUGCGGUGAAGGGAGAAUAAUUACCCACACUCUAUGUGUACUGUACUGUAGUGUCAGUUAUUGAACAGUUAGCAUCCUGCUUCCCUUAUUUUCCUGCCAACUUUGAAAACUAACACUCCAAACAAAUGUCAGUCCAUAGAUUUUAAACAGCUUUACUAAUCCACUUUGUUUUUUUUUCAACUUUUUGUACAAGGUUUGUAAGUUCACGUAAUAUUUCACAUAGCACAGAACGGAGAGAAGGAGGGGAGAAAAGAGAAAGGAGGAAAAAAAAAAAACGAGAUGCACCCAUUUUUAAAAUGAGACACACAUUUCAUAAUAAAAGAAAAUCAUCUCUACAUAUCUAGAUAACAGCAGCCGGUGCUCUUGCUCAGUUGCUCCAUCUUUCCACCAAGUUGUUGCAAGUAGUUUUCGAGGAAAUGCAAAGAAAAACUAUUGUUGUGAAAAAAAAAAGAAGAAGAAGAAGAAAUCAUGUCUAAACAAUAAGGGGAAUUAAUCAGCACGAAUAAAGAAACUGCAUUCUGGUUGUCAGAAAAGUAGUUGAACUGGUUUUGCUGGUGUUCAAUAAAGGAACCAGGUCGUUUUAUGCACUGUAAUUGUAAUUAACCGCCAUACUAAAAACUACACUUAUGUUACAUUAAUAAAUUACUAAUAAAUGUUUAUGGAACUACUCUAACAUUGCUGGUAUUUACAGGCAUAUCGGAAAUCCAAAACCAGCAAAAUGAAGUCUGAUGACAAAUAUUUCACAUAUAUAUCAUGGUCUAUGAUGUUACAUAUAUAUAUAACAUCAUACAUACAGCAUAUGUGUUUUGAGACACUUUAAUCAGGUAAGUAUGAAACACAAAAAGAUGAAGAUCUGAUGUGAGAUGGAGCUGAACUGAGCAGAGGCUUUUUCUCUCCCCCACGUAUUGUAUUAUAAAUGCAAUGCACAGCCUGGAUCCUAACGAAAUAUAUUGUCUCGCAGUUGCCUUUGGUCGCCUGCCAUACAUGUAACAAUGUGGUUGUGUGGUGCAGCAUUUCUCAGAGUUUGCCAGAUGACCUGUCUGUGAGCACUCAUAACGCAACAUGUUUUAUAUUUGUGCUCACUGUUUUUGUUACUCUUUUACUUGAAAUGGUCAUCAACAUCAACCGUGCGAGGAUGUCUGACGUAAUCUUCCCUUGAUAUCGAGGCAACAGCGUUUUAUAACAUAUCAGAGAAGGAAUAUGAGAUUUUAAAAUAUACUUUAUCAUAAAAAGGAUACAUGGAUUGUACCAGGAUUGUUGGGUUGAACCGUGAUUAGAUGUUGUUUUCUCUCAUCGUCAUUUGUUAGGUGUAAAAACCUAAAAAGUAAAUAAGGGCAAUGCAUGCCAUUGUUAAACUUAAGAUGUCAUUUUGGACACUAUUGUACUAUUCAGUCUGUCCCUUUAUGGUUAAAUAAAGUGACUGAUCAGCAUUGCAGGUUUCUGCUUGGAUGCAUCGACAGAUCCAAACCUGUCGUCUUUCAAAAACCAUGUGAAAUUUCUCGCUUCCAGUCUGUUCACCUUGUUUCGAUCUUCGAGCGAUUGUCAAAAUGAGGAAGAAAAAUUGACAUCGACAUGUUUUAAAGAAAGGAACAUCUUUGCUUUCCUAAAGCAGUGCAUAUCAGUCCAUGUUGAUCCACGACCACUGUUAACGUAAGGCGGAAACAAAAACCUUUGGCUCAGUGUUGUGUGUGAUGUCUUCUCAGUUUGUGUGUUUGUGGUGAGGCUCUGAUGGCUCCAGCGAGUGUGAAUUAAAGACGGCCAGUGAGGCAAGUCGGUACUGUAUUUAUUGCCGUAUUUAUUCCUCUGUGCUCAGCACUUCAAAUCUUGCAUUGCAUUGUACUGAGGGCAAGAAUCUGUCAAUAAAGUGGGUUUGAAAUGCAAUGAUUUUUUUUUUUCUCUCACUGCUACCUAGUAAUCCUCCUUCUGUUACUGCCUCAACAGCAAACAAUUCAUCUUGUUUGAAUGUUUUUCCAUCACAGAGGUAAAUCACAAACUUUAAGAGGUGACACAUUUACAUCUGUCUUUUUGGUUGGACUUGAAAUAUCUGGUAUUUUAGAUGUGUCUCAAAGCUCUGACCUCUCCCUGUUUAUCUCCAGACUCUUAGGGGUUUUUUUUGGUGUUUGCCUUGAUACAUGCUGCUAAGCAUUAGGGCUAAUUUGGAGUGUCAUUAAAGGAAGUAGAUGUGGCUGAUUAGGCAGCAGUCAAUACACCAGAGAGGCAAGAGUGCGGAAGAACGAGGAGCAUUUUGCAAUCACUGCAGUCAAGAUCUUAUACACAGAUACAUGCAGCAUAUACUCCAAGGCAUAGUGUAUGAGAAGUAAACAUAAUAUGUACAUAAACACAGAGUGUAUACUGUGUGCUUGGGAGAAUUUUGU